AUGGCGGACGAGGAGGAGCCGCCUGUUCCUACUAGGCGGCGCCGCUCUUAUGCUGAAGCAGCUGCUGGUUCUGGGUAUAGGGAGUGCCCAAUAUCUGCACGUCCAUUGCCUGUGGGCCGGAUGCCACGACGUCCUGAUUCUGAUGAUCCUGCGACUCCUGCUGCCAAUCCUGCCAUUGCUGCCAAGCCGAUUGGGGCUCCUGUGCCUGGCAAGGCCAAGGCUCCGUACGGUCAUCUGCCCACGGCUGCGGAACUGGGUGCUGGGGCCACUUCAGUGGGGCGGCGCGAUCCGGUGAGACCUGCUGCUUCGACUUGGCUGCGACCCUUCAUUAAGCCCAAGGAGAUCCCUGUGCGGACUGAGCGUCCUGCUUAUGUGCACACACCUUCGAAGGCUGCUGCUCCGAUUGUUGUUGGUGUAAGACCUCCAUUGCCAAAGCAGGAAGCAAGACCUCAUCGUGCUGGCAUGGCUCCAUCUGCCAAGUGGAUUCGCCCAGAGCCUCCCGAGGUGCCAAAGGAGCCCUCGCUGGAUGCUGCACGGGCUGAGCCGGCAGAGCCUGAGCCGGCAGAGCCUGCUCCGGCAGAGCCUGCUCCGGCAGAGGAGCCGACCAAGGAUCACUCUUCCUCGACAGAGAAGCUGCGAGCGAGACUGGCUGUCAAGAAUCAGCGCCGCCGCAGACAGGCUCGCGAGGAGAAGAAGAGGAAGCUGGAGGAGCAGGAGGCAGCGGCUGCAGCUGAGAAGAGGAGGAUGGCGGCCGAGAAGAGAGCGGCGACGCUGGAGGCUCGUCGGCGCCAAGACUUGGAGGUGGCGCGGCAGCAUGCUUCAGCUCCGAUCGUCGUCUCCUCUGAGCAGUCGCUGCAUGAGCUGGGGCAGCUGGCGGUGGCACAGGAGCGGCUGCGUGAGGCUGCCGAUCGGCUGGGGCGGGGCAGAGGAAAAAGUGUGGCUGCAUUUCAGGAUUCAGGUGGAUCGUCCUAA